AUGUCGUCUUCGCGUACGCUCAAGGACCCUUCGCUGCUUAUUGGGAAGAAUCUGAUAGGCGGAAAAUGGGUUGAGGCGCUGUCCGGGCAGAGAUUUGACGUUUUGGACCCUGCGACAAGCCAGCGCAUUGGAUCCUGUCCAGAAUCAGGCGAACAAGAUGCUUUACAAGCCAUAGAUGCCGCAGCCAAGGCCAUGCCGGCAUGGAGAACCCGCACCGGUCGCGAGCGCUCUCGCAUCCUGCGCCGGUGGUACGAGCUUAUUCUCGAAAACAAAGAAGAUCUCGCCAAGCUGAUAAGCUGGGAGAACGGCAAGGCCCAAGCAGACGCAAUGGGCGAGGUCCAAUUCGCAGCGAGCUUUCUCGAAUGGUUCGCCGAAGAGGCUGCGCGUGUGUACGGAGAUGUGAUCCCUCAUAGCACGCCAGGUUACCGGGUUGUGGUAUCAAAGGAGCCGGUAGGCGUGUGCGGCCUUAUCACACCUUGGAACUUUCCAGGCGCCAUGGUGACGAGAAAGCUAGGUCCGGCUUUGGCUGCUGGGUGCGCUGUUGUCGUGAAGACAGCCGGAGAGACGCCAUUUACUGCCACUGCUAUGGCAUAUCUAGCCGAAAAAGCUGGUGUUCCAGCGGGCGUGAUCAACAUCGUGAACGCCCUUGAGAACACACCACAGAUCGGCCAGGUUCUCUGCUCAUCUCCUAUCAUCCGGAAGAUCUCAUUCACUGGAUCUACACGAGUGGGACGCUUACUCAUGAGACAAUCCAGCGAUACUGUGAAGAAACUAAGUCUUGAACUGGGCGGAAACGCCCCAUUCAUUGUAUUUGAUGACGCGGAUGUCGACCUGGCUGUCAAGGGCGUUGUGGUUGCUAAGUUCAAGGUGACUGGACAGACUUGUGUUUGUGCCAACCGCAUCUAUGUCCAAAGCGGCGUAUACGACUAUUUCAUCAAGAAAUUGACUGCCGCUGUGGCAGAAUUCAAGAUUGGCAACGCGACAGACAGCACAGUCACACACGGACCUUUAAUCAACGCAGGUGCGGCGGCAAGAGUCAGCGAGAUGGUUGAAGAUGCAGUCAAAAAGGGCGCCCAGAUAGUUGUUGGCGGAAAGACGAUGCCUAAAUUGGGUCCUGCCUUUUUUGAGCCAACUAUUCUAAGCGGAAACAUUACACAGGACAUGCGAAUCGUCCAAGAGGAGAUAUUUGGCCCCGUUGCCGCCAUCCAGAAAUUUGACACCGAAGAUAGUGUAGUCGACGCCGCAAACGACUGUGACGUUGGUCUCGCAUCUUAUAUCUACACGGAGAACCACGGUCGUGCCGCUCGUGUAUCUGAGCUUCUUCACUCGGGCAUGGUCGCCGUAAACUCUGGCGUGAUCUCCGAUGCAGCAUCUCCAUUUGGAGGCAUCAAGCAGUCAGGUAUUGGUCGCGAGGGAAGCAAAUAUGGGCUGGACGAUUACAUGCAAACGAAGACUUUGGUUGUGGGCAAUCUAAAUGUUGUUCAUCGCGCAUCGAUCUAA